CAAAAAGAAAAAGCCAGAAACCCGAUCCAGGAGAGCGCUCCGAAAGGAAGAUGAGAUGAGCUUGGGGCCGUGAGAUUCCUCCUCCCCCGACACCCAUCCCUGCCCCAUGGAUUUCAACCUGCUGGCGGACACGGAGGCUCGCAGCCCAGCCUUGUCUCUCUCGGACUCUGGGACCCCUCAACACGAACACAGCUGCAAAGGGCAGGACCACAGCGACACUGAGAAGUCCCAGCAAAACCAGACGGACGACUCCAACCCUGAAGACGGCUCGCUCAAGAAGAAGCAGCGGAGGCAGAGGACGCACUUCACCAGCCAGCAGCUCCAGGAGCUGGAAGCCACUUUCCAGAGAAACCGGUACCCAGACAUGAGCACCAGGGAGGAGAUCGCAGUCUGGACCAACCUGACAGAGGCACGAGUCCGGGUCUGGUUCAAAAACCGCAGAGCUAAGUGGAGGAAACGGGAGAGGAACCAACAGGCCGAACUGUGCAAGAACAGCUUCGGAGCCCAGUUCAACGGACUGAUGCAGCCUUACGACGACAUGUAUUCCAGCUAUUCCUACAACAACUGGGCCACCAAAGGGCUCGCCACCAGCCCGCUCUCGGCCAAGAGCUUCCCGUUCUUCAACUCCAUGAACGUCAGUCCCCUCUCCUCCCAGCCCAUGUUCUCCCCGCCCAACUCCAUCGCCUCCAUGACCAUGCCUUCAUCCAUGGUCCCUUCUGCGGUGACGGGGGUACCGGCCUCCAGCCUCAACAACCUGGGCAACAUCAACAACCUGAACAGCCCGAGCCUCAACUCCGCUGUCUCCUCCAGUGCCUGUCCUUACGCCUCUACAGCCAGCCCCUACAUGUACAGGGACACGUGCAACUCCAGCCUGGCCAGCCUGAGGCUGAAGGCCAAGCAGCACGCCAACUUCACCUACCCGGCGGUGCAGACGGCGGCCUCCAACCUGAGCCCUUGCCAAUAUGCCGUGGACAGGCCCGUAUGAAGGGCCACCCUCCGCCGACCGGGGACUUGACCUUAGCCUGACAAAAGGAGACCUUUAGCCCUACAAACAGCCUACGUCCUGCAGACAAUGAGAGUGCAACACGAGAGAGCAAGAGAGAGAGAGCGAGCGGCCAGCAGGCAGAUGGACCUCUAUGAAGACUUGUCUAACUAUCGUAUGGUGAAUUUUGACUGUCUUUCCCCCCCCUUCCCCCUCAAAACCCCUUCCCCUCUUGCCCACCAAACCUCCUCCUUCGUGGUAAAGAAACCAAAACAGCCUACUGGAAGCCCCAUGGGGAAAUAGGAGCCCCGACGUGUGGGGUUCCUUACCCCAUGGGGAGCAGAACCAAGUGUGUUCCUAUCUGCCCUCUCCGAGCCCCAGCAGGGUUGAGCCCCCCAAAUCCCCUGGGACAGCAUGGGCAGCCCUGCAGGGAACAGCCAGGGACAGGGCAACGUGGAGGGGAUGCCAUUCGCUAAGCAGUUCUACCUGCAGGUGUGUGAGGCUUCACUUAGAGAUGUCUCACCCACUUAUUUAUCACACGGCCAGGAGGGAAAGCCUUGGCUCAGUCGAUUGGCAUCUCUUUAUAAGGCAUUUAUACCCAUGGCCCUUCAGACUUGAAGCCUUUAGGAACUGGGAGUUGUAAGGAUAUAAAUUAUGUGUGUGUAUAUAUAUAGCAUAUAUAUACAAAUACAUAUAUAGACAUUAAAUACGCUUUUUUUUGUUGUUGUUUUGUAUGUGAAAUAACCUACAAAGUAGACCUUAAACCAAAAAAACCCUGUAAAGCAAGCACAUCCACCGAGGCAGCCUCCUGCCUGUCGUGCUUUACUGCUUCAGUCGUUUCCAGCCAGACAGGAACACCUUUGCCAGUGUACAUCCAAAGCAGCCCCUUUCGCGACCAUCAGCUCCCCCCCUCCUUGCACAUCUCCUUCCCUUCCCUUCUCCAAAUCCCAUUUCC